CAUGGACCGGAGGGCGGGCGAUAUCGGACAAACAUCAGCAUGCGGACCGGCAGAUGUGCCCGCGGAGGCGCGAUCGAUCGACAACGUCGAUGGCACUUGUCACGAUUCCAUGAGAGCUUACGAGGAGCAGCAUGGGAGGCCUAUACGGGCCAAGAUGACCGAUGUCAACGACACCAGGACGGCAACUGUGAGGCUGUCACGGGCGAGGAAGAAGGGAACAGGUGUGUCGGUUCCAUAUCACCGGCGUCGCCCGCAUCCUUUUUUCCGCAACAGGGACGAGACCAGACAGAUGCCAGCUGCUGCAGAUGGACAGGGGGGGCGGAGGGAGGUGACAGAGUAGACGAAUCAGGUCGAGGUAAGAAGAGACGAGGCGGCACGAUCAUCAUCCACGACGACAGCUCCACAACCGCUGAGGGCGGUGAGACCACAGACGCCGACGAUCCUGAUGACUCCGAUUACGUCCCGAGGAUCCGGACGGCAGACAGAGAUGACGGCGGAGGUCGUCGCUGGGUUCGAUGUCCGAUGAGGAUUUGUAACGCGCCUGCCACGUUUCAACGAGUGAUGAACAUGACAUUCCAGAACUUCGUCAACAAGACGCGGCUAACUCAGGGAAUGAUCAACUUCUGCGUGAUAGUGUACAUGGCCGAUAUCCUUGUCUACUCGGAGACCUAUCACGGACACGUGCAACACAUCGAAUGGACAUUGGGAGCACUGAGAGACGCUGGGUUCAAGAUCGCGCUCGAGAAGAGCGAGUUUUUCCUCUCGGAAAUUUCGUUCUUGGGCUACGUCGUGACACGUGGAGGACUGCGGCCGGACUCAAGAAAGGUUGCGGCGGUAAGAGGAUCCCCAGUUCCCAUGUCACUGACGCAGGUUCGAGCCUUUUUAGGGUUGGCAUCGUAUUAUCGUCGCUUCAUCAAGGGUUUCGCCGCGAUUGUACGACCACUAACGAACCUGCUACGAAAGGACCAGCCUCUCAGUUGGGACGCGGAGUGCCAACAGGCCUUCGCGACCCUCAAGGACAUUCUGGCGACGACUCCUAUUUUGAUCCGACCGGACCCCUCUAAGCAGUUCAUUCUCGUCACGGACUGGCAACCGGAAGCUAUCUCCGCUAUUCUAGCACAAAAGGGGAACGAUGGUCGUGAACACGUCAUCGAGUACGCGUCGCGCACAGUACCGGACAAGCGGAGGAAUCACUCCGCACCUCAAGGCGGAUGCUAUGCAGGAGUCUGGGGAAUCCAGCACUUCCAUCCGUAUCUCUACGGACAGAAGUUUCGCCUCGUAACAGAUCACGAACCUUUGCUGACAUUGAAUAAGCUCACUAAUUACACAGGCAUGAUUGGUCGUUGGGCGGUGCGACUACAAGAAUACGACUUCGAUAUCGUCCACCGAAAGACAGAGCGACACGACAACGUGGACGGACUGACACGUCUGCAUCGACAUGCUAAAGUACCAAAGGGCGAGGAAAUUACACCGUGGAAGGAGUCGGACUUGACAAACGAGCCUAAGUACGGACAAGUGGCAGUUCUCCCACGUGGCAAGAAGCAGAACAGUGGCGAUGGGUGAUGGAGGUAACCCCACUACCCCUCUUUCUCCCCUCUCCUCUUCGUCUCUCCUCUCCCUGCCUGACAAAUUUUGCUAUUUUUGCGAAGCUAUCUACCGCG